GGUCGGGCCCGGGAUGCUGCACGGAGCUGAGCACUGAGCUGGGCGCCAUGGGGAGCGCAUCGUAGCCCCCCCCGCCGUGGCCCCCUCCUGCUCCGUGCGUGGCACCGGUGGCGGAGCCCACUCGGUCGGUGCUGAGCGCUCCUUGAUGGAAUUGCGGUGAAUGGAACAGAAGCCCAGCACCCUGGACCCGCUGUCGGAGCCAGAGGACACCCGGUGGCUGGAUGGCAAGCGCAAAAGAAAGAGCAGCCAAUGUUUGGUGAAGAGCAGCAUGUCAGGGUACAUCCCUAGUUACCUGGACAAAGAUGAACAGUGUGUGGUGUGCGGGGACAAAGCCACCGGCUACCACUACCGCUGCAUCACCUGCGAGGGCUGCAAGGGCUUCUUCCGUCGGACCAUCCAGAAGAACCUGCACCCCACGUACUCCUGCAAGUACGAUGGGUGCUGUGUCAUUGACAAGAUCACCCGCAACCAGUGCCAGCUCUGUCGCUUCAAGAAGUGCAUCUCCGUGGGCAUGGCCAUGGACUUGGUGCUGGAUGAUUCAAAGCGGGUAGCGAAGCGGAAGCUGAUCGAGGAGAACCGGGAGCGGCGGCGGAAGGAGGAGAUGAUCAAGUCCCUGCAGCAUCGUCCCAACCCCAGUGCAGAGGAGUGGGAGCUCAUCCACGUGGUGACCGAGGCCCAUCGCAGCACCAAUGCCCAGGGCAGCCACUGGAAGCAGAAGCGGAAAUUCCUGCCCGAGGACAUCGGCCAGUCGCCCAUGGCCUCAAUGCCUGACGGGGACAAAGUCGACCUGGAGGCGUUCAGCGAGUUUACAAAAAUCAUCACCCCGGCGAUCACCCGCGUGGUCGACUUUGCCAAAAAACUGCCCAUGUUUUCAGAGCUGCCUUGCGAAGACCAGAUCAUCCUGCUGAAGGGCUGCUGCAUGGAGAUCAUGUCCCUGCGGGCGGCCGUGCGCUACGACCCCGAGAGCGAGACGCUGACGCUCAGUGGGGAGAUGGCUGUGAAGCGUGAGCAGCUCAAGAACGGAGGCCUCGGAGUCGUCUCCGAUGCCAUCUUCGACCUGGGCAAGUCCCUGUCUGCCUUCAACCUGGAUGACACCGAGGUGGCCCUGCUCCAGGCUGUGCUGCUCAUGUCCUCAGACCGGACGGGGCUGAUCUGCGUGGAGAAGAUCGAGAAGUGCCAGGAGACAUACCUGCUGGCCUUCGAGCACUACAUCAACUACCGCAAACACAACAUUCCCCACUUCUGGCCCAAGCUGCUGAUGAAGGUGACGGAUCUGCGGAUGAUCGGCGCCUGCCACGCCAGCCGCUUCCUGCACAUGAAGGUGGAGUGUCCCACCGAGCUCUUCCCCCCCCUCUUCCUCGAGGUCUUCGAGGACCAGGAGGUGUAGGGCUGCCACCCCCCACCCCACACACACCCCCCACCGCCCCGGACGGCCCCUACCCCGCUCAGCCCCACAUCACCCCCCCCAAGUUCUCUUACUGGGGGAAUGCUGCGCCCAAGGGAGGGGGGGGUCCUGCUGUGCCCCCCCACGGCUGCCCCCCCUCCACAGCCCCCCAGCGCCCCAGGACUUGAUGAAUUUUGUUUGUUUGCACAGGGAAGGGCCCCGAUGUCGAACGUUUCUUUAUUGUCCUUCUCUUCUUAGAUUAUUAUUUUUUAAGCAUUUAUUUCCCUCCCUGAGAGGCUAAAAUAUUAAACUAACUGCACUUUGGAAGGAGAGAGGAGGAGGAGGAGGAGGAGGAAGAGCAGAGGAGAGGAGGGGGCUCUGGGCUGCACAGGGAGAGGCUGCCCCGGCCCCAUGCACUUUGGGCCAGGCAGCAGCGCGGGGGCCAGGGUUAGGGGGGG